AUGUCUUUUUCCCCCAUAUUUUCUUUGCUCUUGAUCUUUUUGGUGUUUCAGAUUAGAUGGUCUUCCUCUUCUAAGGAUUUGCUGUUUGGGUUGGAUGUUGAGAGGUACAAGCUUGGAAAUCCAAGGACGUUUCAUUAUCUAAAUCAAUCAAAUUGUUAUGAGCUGGACGGAGUGGAUGAUUCCAAGGAAUACCUUGCAACAAGGAGGGCCAUGGAAAUUGUUGGGAUCAGUUCUGAUGAGCAGGAUGCAAUUUUCCGAGUUGUCGCUGCAACUCUCCACUUAGGAAACAUUGAGUUUUCCAAGGGCAUAGAAGCAGAUUCUUCUGAACCUAAGGAUGAUAAGUCUUGGUUCCAUCUGAAAACUGCAUCUGAGCUUCUAAUGUGUGAUGAGAAGUCUCUUGAAGAUUCCUUAUGUAAACGUGUGAUUGUGACUCGUGAUGAGACCAUAACAAAAUGUCUUGAUCCAGAAGCCGCAACUCUUAGUAGAGAUGCUCUGGCCAAAAUUGUUUACUCAAGAUUAUUUGAUUGGAUUGUGAACAAGAUAAAUAAUUCUAUUGGUCAAGAUCCUGAUUCAAAAUACUUGAUUGGGGUUCUGGAUAUCUACGGAUUUGAGAGUUUCAAGACAAACAGCUUUGAGCAGUUCUGCAUCAAUCUAACAAAUGAGAAACUGCAGCAGCAUUUCAAUCAGCAUGUUUUCAAGAUGGAGCAAGAAGAAUAUACAAAAGAAGAAAUUGACUGGAGCUACAUAGAGUUCAUUGACAAUCAAGAUAUACUUGAUCUCAUUGAAAAGGUAGUGAGAGGACCAGUUUCCUUUUUCAACAAUGAUUCCACUUUCCCAUCAAAGUAG